AAGCGGGAAACCCAAACACACACACACACACACUCAUGUCUCGACGGGACGCGACAGAUGGCGGUUUCAAAUAUGUAUUUGGCAUUUUGCGCUCGUUGUACCCAGUCGUGCAGACUCUGGAGGAGUUCGCAGAUGGGCUUGUGUUUUCUGAUGGACGGAAGCCGGCUCUGCUGGAGGAAAGAGACGGAGCGCGUUUUAAAAAUCUAGUCAGAGGACUGAUGAUAUGCGCGUUCACGCCACCGCAGCAGCAGCGCGUGCCCGCACAGCUCAGCACGCUUCCGGAGGUUCUGGCGUUCACCCUAAACCACAUUAAACGGAAGAAGCUGAGGAACGUCCUGGGAUUCGGCUAUCAGUGCAAUGACGUGUCGGCCUGUUCGGAUCCGUUCCGGUUUCACGGAGACGUUUCGCAGACGGCGGCGUACAUCAGCACUAGCGAGCUGUGGAAGCGGAUCAACCAGCGUCUGGGAACCGAGGUCACGCGACACCUGCUACAGGACUGCGCCGUGUUCGCUACCGUCCCGCCCACGUGUUUGCUUCAGGUGUGCGGAGAGCCCGUGUACGACCGGCUGAUCCCGAGCGCAUGGUCCGGGUUUUCCCUCAGCCACGUCUCGGCUCAAACACAGAAAAAUUCGGGUAUCCCAUGGAAAACGAUCACAAGAGACGCUACCACGAGAACAAGAGAUGCGAAGAUAAGCGCAAGAGACGCUAAGACGUUCACAAGAGAUGCUAAGACGUUCGCAAGACACAUUAAGAUGAGCAAAAGAGAUGUUAAGAUGAUCGCAAGAGGUGCUAAGACAAUCGCAAGAGAUGCUAAGACGAGCGUAACAGAUGCUAAUACGGUCACAACAGAUGCUAAGAUGUUAACAGUCUCGAAAAAGAGAGCAAGAGAUGACGAGAAGCACGAUAAACAUCCUGUUAUGAAGAAGCGAAAAGUGAUUACGGAUGAAUCCGACGGGCCGCCGACCGCAAAUCACGGAUCUCGGAGCUGGAAGCCCGCGGAGCAACGCCCUCCCCGACCGUCACACUGCGCGAUACGCGUCCUAAGCAUGCUUUAUAAUGGGCGGGGCAUGAAGAGCUUCCUGCUCAACAGGAAACUGAAAGAUGAGGGCGGGGCUAGACGUCUGCAAGGGGCGGAUCUCGUUCGGAUGAUUUUCCUCCAAUCAGAGAUUAACACGCAGGGUAAACCGAAGAAACUUCCGAAGCGUUUCUUCGCGAUGGUUCCCCUGUUUAGCCGACUCUUACGCCAGCACAGGAAGUGCCCGUACGGCUUGUUCCUGAACAGGAAGUGCUCAGAAACUCGAGACGCGCAAGAUAUGGAGUCGUUGCUCAAAUCGCAUUUCUCCCCGUACAGAGUGUAUCUGUUCGUGAGGGAAUGUUUGCUUUACGUUGUUCCGGAGGAACUUUGGGGAACCCAGGAAAAUCGGCUUCACUUCCUGUCUAAUGUGAAGAACUUCCUGCGUCUUGGGAAAUUUGAGCGCCUCCCGUUGGACCAACUGAUGUGGAAGAUGAAGGUUAAGGCCUGCCAUUGGCUGGGACUCAAGAAACGUCACUGCGCCAGUGAGCAUCGUUACAGAGAGUGGAUCUACACUCAGUUGCUGGCGUGGCUGCUCAGCGGGCUGGUGGUGGGCCUGGUCCGAGCGCUCUUCUACGUCACCGAGAGCAUGGGACAGAAGCACGCGCUGCGCUUCUACAGGGCGGAGGUCUGGAGCCGACUGCAGGAAAUGGCCUUCAGAGUUCAUCUGUCGAAGGGUCAGUGGAGGGCCGUGUCUCCGUCCCAGGCUCUGAAGCUCCCGAAGACCACGGUAACAUCCCGAAUCCGGUUCAUCCCGAAGGUGAGCAGCAUGAGGCCCAUCACCCGACUCACGGGCAGCAGAGAGUCCCUGCAGCAUUUCCAGAGUUGCGUGCGGGUCCUGCUGAACGUGCUGAGUGUGUGUGUGCGCGAGGCCCCGGGGCCCAUGGGCUCCACCGUCUGGGGCUGGCAGGACAUUCACAGGGUCCUCGGACGCUUCAGUCCCCAGCAGAAGAGCUCGCCGCGACCUCUCUACUUCGUCAAGGUGGACGUGAGCGGCGCGUACGACAGUCUUCCUCACCACAAGCUGGUGGAGGUGUUGUCUGAAGUGUUGAGUCCGUUCGAGGAGCAGAGCUUCUUCUUGCGUCAGUACGCGCGCGUGUGGAACGACCCCAACCAGGGGCUCAAGAAACACUUCUGCACGAAGGCUGAGACGUCGGAGCCGCUGAACAUGAAGGGGUUUGUGGUGCACGAGCAGGCUAACGGUUCCCUGCGCGACGCUAUCCUGGUGGAGCGGCACUCGUCUGAGGUCCGAGGUGGAGAUGUUUUUCAGUUCUUCCAGAAGAUGUUGAGCAGCUACGUCAUCCAUCAUGACAAUCAGGUCUUCCGUCAGGUGUGUGGGAUUCCUCAGGGCUCGUCGGUGUCGGCUCUGCUGUGUAAUCUGUGUUACGGACACAUGGAGAACUCUCUGCUGAAGGGCAUCGCUAAAGGAGGGUGUCUCAUGAGGCUGGUUGAUGAUUUUUUGCUCAUCACUCCCCAUCUGAGUAAAGCCACAGAGUUUCUGACGACGCUGUUGGCCGGCGUUCCCGAUUACGGCUGUAAGAUCAACCCUCAGAAAGUGGCGGUGAACUUCCUGGUGUGUGAAGAGUGGGUGUGUUCGGGCGUGAGUGUGUUCCCGUCCAGCUGUCUGUUCCCCUGGUGCGGUCUGCAGAUACACACACACACGCUGGACGUCUACAAGGACUUCUCACGGUAUGAGGGCCUAUCACUGCGCUACAGCCUGACGCUAGGCUCCGCCCACUCUCCAGCCGCGGUCAUGAAGAAGCUGCUGUCCGUCCUCAGUCUCAAGUGUACCGACAUCUUUCUGGACCUGCGGAUGAACUCAGUGGAAGCCGUUUACAGGAGCUCGUAUAAGCUGAUCCUUCUGCAGGCGCUCAGGUUUCAUGCGUGUGUGAAGAGUUUGCCUUUGGGUCAGAAUGUGGAGACAAACCCGUCCUUCUUCCUGAAGAUGAUCUGGACGAUGGCUCGAGCCAUGAAUAAACUCAUCAGACACACAAACACAGGUCUGGUUCUGGGCUCGCAGGACGGAGGAGGCGUUCUCCAGUACGAGGCCGUUCAGAUGUUGUUCUGUGUGGCGUUUGAGGUCGUGUUCACGCACAACCGAGGGGUUUAUCGCAGUCUGCUUCCUCCUUUACGCAAACGACGGAGGCAUCUUAAGCGUUUACUCCACGGCAUCAGACUGGCUCGUGUUCGUCAGGCCUCGACUCCCAGAAUCCCUCAGGACUUCACAAGCAUCCGUGCGUAGAGCGUGAAGGCGACGCCGUGCUGAACGCUACACACACCUGAUCUGUGUGUCCAUGCUGUUGGCUCGUCAUUAACCCCAGCGAGAGAUAAGAGCACUCAUGUUUGCAUCUGUUUGUGCUUUAAAAUGUAUAUUUCAAUACAAAAAAAUUAAACCAGCGAUUUAUAUUCAGG